AUGGCAGGAGGAGGUUCAACCUACAAAUCGACAGAACCAAUCGGAACUGGUAGAAUAUUCUUUUAUUGCAUUGUUUGGCUGAUAUUGGUGAUUGGUCUAUCGUUUAUGAAUAAAGCAGUAUUUAAAUGGACAGAAUUCAAGUAUCCAGUGCUGCUGUCGACUGUACAUAUGAUUAUAAAUUGGUUGAUGGGAAGUUUUGUGUGGGGAAGGAUGAAUGGAAAGAUAAAGGAGGAAGAGGAAAAGAAGGGUCAUGAUUUGAGACAUUUAAUAAUGUACUUCUCAUUGUUAUUUGUAUUGAAUAUUGCUUUCGGAAAUAUGAGUGUCAAGGCAGUGAAUUUAUUGUUGAGUCAAGUUUUCAGAUCUUCAAUGCCAAUAUUUAUAAUGAUUUGUUCGGUUGUGUUGGGUGUUGGAAGUAGACCUAGUACACGCGUUAUUCUCACUGUUUUACCAAUUAUUAUUGGAGUUUAUUUGACUUGUAAGAAAGAUGACAGUAAGGUUAGCUCAAAUACUGAAGAAGAUUUAUUGAAUAUCAAAUCAUUGGCUAUUUUAUUAAUUGGAAACAUUAUGUGUGCUCUCAAAACUACUCUUACCAAUAAGUAUCUCAAUCAGUACAAGUUCCAUCCAAUUUAUUUAUUGAGUAAGCUUUCAAUGUGGAGCUCUUUUGGAAUGUUUGCUUUUGCUGCAGUGACUGGAGAAGUUUCAGACCUUUUCAACAAUAAUUUACAUGUUUUAUAUAAUGUCAAGACAGUUGGAUUUGUCAUUUCUACAGGAUUUGUUGCAUUCCUAUUGAACUAUUUCAAUUUCCUUGCCAAUUCCUCUACAAGUCCACUCACAAUGGGAAUUUGUGGAUUGUUACAUCAAGUGCUGACAGUCUACCUUUCUACCAUUGUUUUUGAUACAUCUUUGAAUCAAACUAAUGUGAUUGGUAUUUGUCUUGCAAUGAUUGGCAGUGCUCUCUAUACUUUUGUAAAGUAUUUAGAAGCUCAAAAAGUAAAAUCAAACUAA